AUGUUAGCAGACAUUCAUAACGAUGUAUGCGGUUAGAUUUCUACGCUUGAUUAACACUAGGGCUUCUUUUUCCUCUGUUAAUGUCAGCCCUGUUUACUCGCAGUCCAGAGCUCUAUAUGUUGGAAGAUUUGAGCCUUCAAUAAAUACAUGGGUGAAAAACCUAAAGCCGAUAUCAAAGUUCCAAAAUCGAUUUGAUGUUCGAAAAUUUCAUCAGCAGUUCUCGAAAUUAAAGAAUCCAGGAUGUAAUUUCACUAUGUGCAAUGCGGUUGGUUUGGCAGCAUUGCUUGGAUCAGUGAGCAUUUGGCCACGCACUGCAUAUGCUGCGGAUGGCCUUGAUGCUUUGUUGGAUGAUGAUCACUUGGAUUUGCUGGAAAAUACCAAGUCUGAGAACGACUACCAGACUUUAUCGGUCUUUCUAAAGAAAUUGCUGGUUCCGGUUUUCCUAGCUUUAACUAUUUUUCUGAAUUGGGGUCAUCCGCUGAUCACUGCAGCGAAAGUAACUCUUAUUCUUUACACGACGAAGCCCAGCCCUCUCUCAAUUUACCUCUUUGUUGAAGAGUUGCGAAAUCAAGAAAUGCAAAAACAUCCAUUCGUCUAUAAAUUCAAGUCAUUGUAUCCGAAUAAAGUUGAUGUUGAAGAUUAUGCAAUUUUCUGUUCGGCUAAAGUGCAACUAAAAGAUCAGAAGUUCACAGCCGUUGGAAUUCUGGGAAGCUGGUGGGUUUUGCCUGUAUCAUCAUGGCAAGAGGGAGUUUCUGUGCUCAAGUACAGAUUCAAUAACAUUUUAAGUUGAGGGUAUACACAUACGCACUGUAGAGGUUAUUGGUGAGCUGCCCAUCUUGCCAGUCCAGGCCAAAUUGCAGCCCCGGGAGCGACCACCAUAGAUAUCACUAUCACUCUUGUCACCUCAUCAAAUAGAAUUUGUAUUUCGAAUUACAUAUUACUUUUUAAAAUUAAUAUAUCGUUUUACAUGACACAAACAACAAUUACAUUAGUAUUCUAUUUUAUUUGUCAACUAUUGAAAUU